AUGGUGAUUCUGGACGAGCUGGUGGAUCAGGACUGGGAGAUUUAUCUCCCUAGUUUUGAUGAUGACUUAGCCUGGGGCACCGACUACCGCCAGGCGAGGAACAUAUAUGUCGGCGGCGCUAUCAUCUUCAAGCGUGACCCGAGUGGACAGGUUGUGGUGACUCAGCCCCUUAGAGGAAGGAUUCGGUUUCCUCAUGCACCUUCCCGAUUUGGAUUUCCUGUGGAGAUUGCUAGCAGUACGGAGUCCGAUCUAGAGGAGAUUCCGAUUUAUGAACCAGGCGUGGGAAGCGAGCCUUCGGUGAACUCGGAGUAUCGUAACCCUGCGGAGGGACUUCUGAUACCAAAGGAGGAGCCUAUGAGCCCAGUGGCACCACCCGAGUAUGGACUCGAUGAGGGACUCAAGGAUCUUGCUCCCGAGGUACCAGAUGUGCCGCCAGGUUUCAAAUGGACCAUAGAGGAGUUAAAGAUGUGGAAUCUGGAAAUGCAAGCGGAGAUUCAACAGGGAGCAGAAACGCCAGAUCCUUCGAAUAUGUGGGCUGGACACUAUGCAGACUGUAAUCAGGACCAUGGAAGGAGAGAUACUAGAAUCUCAACUGAAAGACGAGGAGUUCAUUUGGAUAAUGGAUUUGUUGUUCCGUACAAUGCAAAACUUUUGAUGAAAUACCAGGCUCAUAUCAACAUUGAAUAUUGCAACAAAUCGAACUCCAUAAAAUACUUGUUUAAGUACAUAAACAAGGGAGUUGACAGGGUAACAAUGUCAAUGUCUGCUGGUGCAAAUAAUGUUGAUCAAAUUGUUGAGCUCAUUUACCAUUUACCAAAAAAGCAAAUUAUAUUGUUCAAUGAAAAUGAAUCAAUUGAGGAUGUUCUUGAAAGAAAUAAGAUCAAGAAUAGCAUGUUCAUGGCUUGGAUGGAGGCAAAUUCUAAGUAUCCAGAUGGCAGGGGUUUAACAUAUGCAGAAUACCCUGGAGCAUUUGUUUAUGAUCCGAAGGACAAGGCUUGGCGUCCACGGAAACAAGGAUUAUGUAUUGGUCGGAUGAACUUUGUUCCUCCUGGAUCAGGGGAGUUGUAUUACUUAAGGAUGCUUCUUAAUGUGCAACAAGGUUGUAGGAGUUUUGAAGUUUUGAGAACAGUCAGUGAUCAUACACAUGAAAGUUUUAGAGGUGCUUGUGUUGCAUUGGGGCUACUAAAAGAUGAUCGUGAAUUCAUUAAUGCUAUACGUGAUGCUGGUUUGCUUGCUUCUGGUUUAUAUAUGAGACAUUUAUUUGUUACAUUUUUAAUGGCAAAUUCUAUGGCUGAUCCUUUAGAGGUAUGGAAGCAAACCUGGCAUCUUCUGGCAGAUGGUUUAGUACAUGAAAUGCGAAGGACGCACAACAAUCCUGAUUUGGUAGUUGAUGAACAACGCCUGAAAGAUUUAUGCUUAAUGGAGAUACAGAAAGUGUUGAUGAUCAAUGGAAAAAGUCUCUCUGAUUUCCAUUGUUUUCCUUCUGUUGAUCCCUCUAUUCUCAGACAGUACGGUAAUGUGUUGCUUUUCAAUGAGCUGAACUUUGAUACAUCUGAGAUGAGCAAAUUUCAUUCUGUGUGUUUUAAUAAGCUAAAUAGUGGACAAACAAAGGUAUAUGAAGAUAUCAUGACUGCUGUCAAUAGUGAUAAGGGUGGAUUUUUCUUUGUGUAUGGUUAUGGAGGGACAGGGAAGACAUUUUUGUGGAAAAUCCUCACCUACAAAUUAAGAUCAGAGAAAGAAAUUAUCUUAAAUGUUGCUUCCAGUGGUAUAGCUUCUCUACUUCUUCCUAGUGGUCGGACAGCGCAUUCACUAUUUUGUAUCCCACUUAAUGUGUAUGAGGAUUCAUGUUGUGGGAUUGAACAAGGAAGUCCUAAAGCGGAGUUAUUACAACAAACUAGCUUGAUUAUUUGGGAUGAGGCACCAAUGGUUAGUCGUUUUUCCUUUGAAGCAUUAGAUAGAACUUUGAGAGAUAUCAUGCGAUUUUCUGCUAAUGGCAGCCCAGACAAACCAUUUGGUGGUAAAGUUGUUGUGCUUGGAGGUGAUUUUAGACAAAUUUUACCAGUGAUUCCUAAAUGGAGUAGAGCUGAGGUAGUGAUGGCUACUGUUAAUUCAUCUCGUCUUUGGAGACAUUGUAAGGUGCUCACUUUGACUGAAAAUAUGCGUCUCAGCACUAAUUUUGGAAAUGCGGAUUAUGUGGUUAACUGUUUUGCCAAAUGGGUGUUAGAUGUUGGUGAUGGUAAUCUAGGUGAGUAUAAUGACGGUGAUGCCGAGAUCAAAAUACCUCAAGAUAUGUUGAUUCAUCAUUCUUCUAAUCCUAUUCAUGAGAUUCCAAACCAUUUACCCUAA